UGGUUCCUUUCAUUCUUCACCACCACCACCAGUCAAAGCCGGCGACAGCACCACCACCAAUCGAGGCCAAGCCUCUUCCUUUUGCGACAGCAUCACCUCCAAGCUUCUUCCUCUUUUCGAGCGGGGUAGCAGAUUCUUUCUCCCUUCCCCUUUCCGUCAUUUUUUCCUGGACACGACAUCGUUUAGAGGCAUGGCUUCUCGAUUAUUCGCGACAGCCGCGGAGAAAAUCGGGCCAGCGGCAGUGAGGCGGCAAGCCCUGUCUUUGACCGACGCAGCCGCCUACAGAAUACGCCAUCUUCUUCAACAGCGCCAAAGACCUUUCCUUCGAUUGGGUGUCAAGGCUCGCGGAUGCAACGGCUUAUCCUACACCCUUAAUUACGCCGAUGAGAAAGGAAGGUUUGAUGAGUUGGUCGAGGACAAAGGUGUGAAAAUACUAAUUGAUCCUAAAGCUUUGAUGCAUGUGAUUGGGACCAAGAUGGAUUUUGUAGAUGAUAAACUCAGGUCUGAAUUCAUUUUUAUCAACCCAAACUCUAAAGGGCAGUGUGGAUGUGGUGAAUCUUUCAUGACAACACCUGGUAGUAGCGGCGGAUCUGCUAAAAAGGGUGGUAGUUGAGGGUUUCAAAACCUUGUAAUAAGAUAAGAUUUGAACUAACCUACUUGAUUCCAUGUAGUUCCUAAAUUAGCCACUCAAAAUAAAUCAUCAGGAAAAAUGUUUCCGCAUACCAGGUGAGCUUCUAUAACAGUUGCUGCCAACUGAUUGUAUACUGAUGGUAGUUUGGCAUCUAAAAAUCAUUUCGUCUAUACCCUCUGUAUUUUGUUAAUGGAAUUGUUACACUACGGAAGUUCUUUUGAAAUAAAAAAACUUGGAAGUACUUUUUGUAUUGCAGCUAACUCGUACUUUUUGGAAAUGAUAGCACUUGACGUACUUUCAUGAACAGUUUUUCAGUUACAACAUUAUAAUAUGAUCUGGAUCAUGCAAUGAUAUCUUUGCAAUGCAGAGUAGUAGCACUUAGAAGCUGGGAACCUAGAUUUUAUGAGAUGCCUGAAAAGUACCUCCAAUUAAGGAUUAAAGUGUCUCCAAACAACCGAUUGGAUACUUUUGUGCGAUACUGUUUUAAAUUUAUCACAGCCAACAAGGCAACCUUCCCUUCUCAGGCACACAGAGAGAGAGUGUGUGUGAUUAUUCACAAGGAUUGCAGCCAAUGUAACAACAGUCAAAAUUGUAAGAUAAAAUGCUGUCUGAGGAGUCUUAGAAAGAGUUCUAUUGAAUAGAUUUUGUCACAGUUCGUACUC